CAUGUAUAACGCGUUUUGUUUUUUCAGUUCCGAUCACCGUUGCGCUUCCGAACGCUGUUGCAGUUCUGACGCGACAACGGAAAGGGAAAUAUGGCAUUUUAUGGUGUUUUGCGUCAUCUGCGGGUGGCCAAAGAUUUGGACCGCAAUGACAGAAGAUGACUAUGCUCGCCGUGGUUUUGCGCAUCGGAGAUGCAUUGCCGGAGCACUAAGAUGGGGACGACGAGACGGACGACAUAUCCAUGUUGAUCGUCUUUGCUGCCCUGAGGCCACAGCCGAAACUGUCACGCAGACGGACCAAGUGUCUGUCACCAACGGAGAUUCAGUUUACCGCACUCCAGUGGCCACUCGUGACGUCGCGUGUGGCCAUUUCGAAAUAUCGUAUGCGGAUGGAUACACCCAGGCUAGUCCGGCCACUAGCGAUGUUGCGUCCGGUGAUCAAACCCUUUACGUAGACAAAUCCGCUCAGGUCGAUGUGACUAUGUGCCAGAUCACUUCAGGCGUCGACGUUGAGUACGUAAACGGUCCCGCACGUUCGUGUAACGUGAUGGUGGAAAAAAAGGCGCGGACGAUGGCCGAUGAAAUGGCACAAUUGGUCGACGCACAGAUAACAUUGGGAUUGCCUGCAGCCUUGGCACCGACGGCCGAUAGUACCUCUGGCCCCAGCACGGAAUAUCGCUCGUCAAAAGCUGAAACCCAGGAGUCAACAUUGAACCAAACGUUUAAAUAUUGGAAACUGCGGUUUUCGCUAUUCUCAAGGUUUGACGAGGGAAUUAUGCUCGACGAGGCCAGUAUGUACUCCGUUUGCCCAGAGGUACUGGCACAGCAUAUUGCCAAGCGGUGCACUUCGUUCGGCACGGUCUUGGACCCGUUUUGUGGUGCCGGGGGGAAUGUUAUACAGCUGGCAUUGAUUUGUGAUCACGUUAUCGCCAUCGACUUGGAUCCAAAAAAAAUAGCUUUGGCCAAGAAAAAUGCAGAGGUUUACGGAGUGGCCCACCGGAUAGAUUUCAGGGUGGGAAAUUCUUUUUCGGUGGCCACUAACCUCAGGGUGGACGCCGUUGUCACCUCACCACCAUGGGGCGGUCCAGGAUACGAAAGGCGAGCAAAGUUUGACGCCAGAGACCUUUGUGGACGUGACACGGGUGGCAUGGCAGCUAUUAUUCGGAUGGCACGUGCAGUUGCGCCCAGAGUGGUUCUGCACGUACCAAAGAAUAUAGAUAAAGACCAAUGUUUGCAGAUAGCAAUGGACGAGGGGUUCAGUCGAAUACAGUACGAAAGUGUAUCGAUUGACAAAAAGCCGAACUGUCUGAACCUCUAUCUAACAAGAAACGACACUCACACUCGAGGAAUACCAGUUCAAUCUACAAAAUUGUUACAACUGGAUAAUCCAUCAUUAAAUAGACAACAAAAAAUGGAACGUCUUCGUACAGAGAAUAAGUUCAUGUACAAAACGUAUUUAAAUAAGGUUGCCCGAUUUUUUGAAAAAAAUCAUUUAUAAAUU